AUUUCUCUCUCUAAAAUGUUUUGCACUUCGUUUUAACCUUAUUUUCUUUUUUUCUGUCCGUUACACUCAAUCUCUCUCUCUCUCUCUCUCUCUCUCUCUCUCUCUUUGGAACAUGACCAUCCCCUGUUCCUUUUCUCACCGGAAAUGAAUCCCGUCACGGAGGCGCUACCACCCUUGCCGCCGCAACCUCACCGUCCUUCUACUUCCUGUGACCGUCAUCCCGAAGAGCGUUUCACUGGUUUCUGUCCUUCAUGUCUUUGCGAGCGUCUCGCUGUUCUCGAACCUUCUACUUCUUCUUCUUCUUCUUCUUCCUCUUCUCGGAAGCCGCCGAUUAACUCCUCUGCUGCCGCUGCCGCUCUUAAGGCCAUUUUCAGACCUUCUGCUACUGGACCUGGAGCUGGAGGUCCUUCUUCUCGGAAUAAACCCUCUUCCUUUCUUCCCGAGCUUCGUCGGACUAAGUCGUUUUCCGCCUCUAAGAAUGAAGGGUUUUCUGGUGUGUUUGAGCCUCAGAGGAAAUCUUGUGACGUCAGGGUUCGGAAUACUCUCUGGACUCUUUUUACUCAGGAUGAUGAACGGAACCCGUUGAAGAAUGAAGCUCCGAGGCUUAGCAAUGCCGCUGCUGGUGUUCACAUUGAGGAUGAACGUGAACCUAGAAUUUUGGCUGCUGCUUCUUCUGUUGUUCGAGGUCCGGUUUUGGAACCUGAGGAUCAAGAAGAAGAGGAUGACGAAACUGAACCAGAAAUUGAGAUUUUUGAGGAAUCCAAUGCCGGUAAUGUAGUGGAGGAGAGAGUUCAAGAAAUUCUUGAAGAAGAGGAGGAAGAAGAAGAGGAAGAAGAAGCAGAGGAAGAGGAAAAUGAAGAACCAAUUAGGCCUGAAAUUGAAGUUGUACAAGACGACUUCAAAAGCAUAAAGGAUCACAUGGAUCUCGAUUCUCAACCCAAGAAACCCUCCGGCCGGGAUUUCAAGGAGAUUGCCGGAAGUUUCUGGUCCGCUGCUUCUGUUUUCAGUAAGAAAUGGCAGAAAUGGAGAGACAAGCAGAAGCUCAAGAAGCGCAGAAAUGGCGGUAUCUCCGCUACAUUGCCGGUGGAGAAGCCAAUCGGCCGUCAAUUUAGAGAAACACAGUCGGAGAUCGCUGAUUAUGGCUAUGGUCGCCGGUCCUGUGAUACAGAUCCGAGAUUCUCACUUGACGCCGGGCGAAUGUCGUUCGACGAUCCUCGUUACUCCUUCGAUGAACCAAGAGCUUCUUGGGAUGGCUAUUUAGUAAGCCGUACUUUCACCAGAAUGCCGACGAUGCUCUCUGUUGUUGAAGAUGCUCCUAUUCAUGUUUCUCGAACCGAUACUCAAAUUCCAGUCGAAGAACCCGCAAAUUCCUGCAAUGACGACGAAACUAUCCCGGGUGGUUCGGAACAAACCAGAGAUUACUACUCCGACUCCUCCUCUCGCCGGAGAAGAAGCCUCGACAGAUCAAGUUCGCUAAGGAAAACAGCAGCGGCCGUCGUGGCGGAUAUGGACGACAUUAAAUCAUCCUCCAACGCCAAAGUUUCUCCAGCCACAGCCGAUUUCUUUUCCGGCCCGAAAUUGGUAGUUCCAGACAACAAACUCCAAAGAGAUUCCAACUCGAAUUCCUUGCGAGACGAUUGUUCAGAAACCUUCGAAAUCCCUUUCAGAAACGGCGACCGGAAGGAGACGAAAAAGUCCCGCCGGUGGGGGAAAGGCUGGAACAUUUGGGCAUUCAUAUACCGUCGAACCGGCAACAAAUACGAAGACGAAGACAGAUACAGCAGCAGAACGAACGGCGUGACGAGAUCGUUAUCGGAAUCGUGGCCGGAAUUUCGAGGCGAACGGAACGGCGAGGUUAGAGGAAUCGGAGGAGGAAUGGGGUUUAAUCCAAAAAUGAUGAGAAGCAAUAGCAGCGUGAGUUGGAGGAGCUCACAGAGCAACAAUGGCGGACCGUUUGGGAGUAUGAGAAAGAGCAAUGUGGAAACAAGCGGGGGAUUCUUGAGGAAGAAGAAAGAAGAUUUUGUGCUGGAGAGAAAUCAGAGUGCGAGAUUUUCACCGAAUGAAGUCGUCGAUAAUGGGCUUUUACGAUUCUAUUUGGCGCCGAUGAAGGGAAGCCGGCGAGGGGGGAUAAUGAAAAACCGGCCGAAUCCUGCUCAGUCCAUUGCUAGAAGUGUAUUGAGAUUGUACUGAAGAAAUUGAAGAAGAAGAAGAAGAAGAUGAUGAUGAUGAUGAAGAAGAAGAUUUUAGUGCUUUUGUUAAAUUUGGUGGUGAAUUUUCUUUGUAAUUUUUGUUGGAAUUGGAUUCAAAAAAAGCACCAUGAAAAAAAGAAAAAAAAAAAAAAAACUGCCUCUUGAUGCUGAUGCUAAUUAUGAUUUUACCAUAAAAUUCUCAAUUUACUGAAAUAACAAAGAUUUCAGUGUUUCUUCUUCCUUCAAAUAUGUAUAUUUUUUCUUCUAUUAAAAUUGUUAUUACAUUGCAUAAAAUGAUGGUUUGGGUUAAGAUAGUGUUUGAUUUUUGAGA